AUGAGCACUGAAAAGCGGCCAGUGGUCCUUGACAAUGGCAGUGGUUUUAUAAAGUGUGGCUAUGCCGGCGCCAACUUCCCCACUGCCGUUUUUCAGACUUCGCUUGGUCGCCCCGUGUUGCGAUCAACAAAGCACUGCAACCAUAGCAGUAGCGUCGGUGGAAACACGCACGUGGAUCCGAUAGUGCGUGAUCUUAUAUUUGGGGACGACUGUAGCGGUAUGCGGCACCUGCUUGACAUGACGUACCCGAUUCGAAAUGGCAUCAUUCAGAACAUGGAUGAAAUGUGUCUUUUGUGGGAUUAUACCUUUGGAGAACGGCUUCAGAUAGACCCUACGGAGCAUCGUUUGCUGCUCUCAGAGGUGCCACUUUUUAGCAGCAAGUAUCGUUGCCAUUUGUACGAAGUGAUGUUUGAGAAUUACAACUUUACGGCGAUUCAAUCAGCCGUGCAGGGGACGUUGUCCCUCUUCUCUAAUGGUCUACAAACAGGCGUUGCGGUGGAAAGUGGAGAGGGUAUCUCGCAUUGCACGCCCAUAUUUGAAGGGUACGCCCUGCCCAGGGCGAAUCGUCGCGUUGACCUUGGCGGGCGCAACAUUACAGAAUUUCUCAUUCGACUUAUGCAGCGGCGUGGGUAUAGUUUUAACCAGAGCAGUGACUAUGAGACGGUGCGACGAAUGAAGGAACGCUUCUGCUACGCGGCAGUAGAUACUCAGCUCGAGAAGCAGCUUGCCCUUGAGACAACCGUGCUGGAGCAGAAUUUUCUGCUUCCAGAUGGAUCUUCCUGUAGUAUCGGGCAAGAGCGCUUUGAGGCGACGGAGGCGUUGUUUCAACCCCACUUGAUAGACAUCGAGUGCGAUGGACUAUCGAUGCAGCUGUGGAACUGUAUACAGGCUGCCGACAUCGAUGUGCGGGCGCAGUUGUACAGUCAUGUUGUGCUUUCUGGUGGCUCGACGAUGUUUCCAGGCCUUCCGACACGUAUUGAGAAGGACAUGCGUACACUUUUUUUGGAGAAGGCGUUGAAGGGCGACCGGUCACGUCUUAGACACUUUAAACUUCAGGUUGAGGAUCCACCGCGGCGGAAACACAUGGUGUUUCUUGGCGGAGCGACAUUGGCGGCGUUGACAGCGGAGCAGCCAGAGAUGUGGUUGACUCGGACGGAGUGGCAGGAAGGGGGUGCGUCGGCAGUGCGGGCCCGUUUUGGUGCCUAG